AUGAUUAGUAAUAAAAAUAUGUUGUUACGUGCUGUCGAUGUUUUCGACAUUUAUGUCGAACCAUUUAUUCAUUCUGGUUUCCGUCUACCUAACCAACCUUAUUCAUAUUAUUAUCGAUCACUUUUUUCAUUACAUAAUGAAACAUUAUCUGUAUGGACUCAUUUAUUUGGUACAAUUAUUCUUAUUGUACAAGCCUUUCAACAAAUUUCUCAAUUAUCAAUAAAUUCAUAUUCAACAAUACAAUCUAUUUAUAUUAUUUAUAAUUGUAUUGGUGCUUGUAUUAUGCUUUUGUGUUCAGCUCAAGCACAUUUAUUUCAUUCAAGAACAUUAGCUGAUCAUUUACGUUCAUUUUAUCUUGAUUAUUUUGGAAUUAAUUUUUAUGGUUUUACAUCGGGUAUUAUUCUUAAUAGAUUUUCACAUAAACAAAAAUUUUCCAUGGUAAAUAAAUUACAUGUAAAGAAUUUUUAUUAUUUAAAUAGUCAAUUUUUUAAAUUAUGUUACUCUUUUUAA